UUCUGUAUUUUAAUUUUAAUUUUUUGUCAUAUUUAGUAUUUUAAUUUUAAUUUUUUCAAUUGAAAUAAAGUCUAUAAAUGAAAUAAAGCUCGAAGUGAAAUGAAGCCAACUUGUUAAACUCAAAAAAUUUCAAUCAAAUGGAUCUAUUUAAGAUUAAAAGAUAUGGUGCAGAAGAGAACUGCUCUCCUGACGAACAGUUAGCUGCAUUGAAAGCAAAAAUUGAGGAACGUAGAAAAAGAUUAUCUAGUGUUGGUAACAAACAAGAAAAAAUCAAGUUAAAGAAUAAAAAAGAAAAUAUAGAAGAAUCAAAAAUUCAGAAUGUAGAAAACAAAAGUAACAAUCCUGAUAACAUCUCCUUAAUAAAAAAGAAAAGAAAAAAAAGAAACAGUUUGGAGGAAGAAAAAAUCUUAUUUUCCCAAAAAAAUGAUAUUUUAAAAGACAAUUUUAUGUGUGGAGAAGAUGAUGGGGUGCAAGAAGAAACCACUCCUAAUCUAGAUUCCAUUCAAGUUGAUAUCUCUUCUAUUGAAGAAAAUGAUUUUGUUCAGUUAAAUGAAAAAAACGUUACUUCUAUAGAAAGAAAUGAUGAAAAAAAAAAUCCUGAUCCUGAACAUAUGGGAAUAUCAGAUCAAAGUAUCUUUCCAGUACUUGGAAAGCAAAAGCAUGUAAAGUUAGUUCCUCUCAAGAGAGCAUUACCGCGGUGGCUUGCAGAACCUGUGAGUAUAUCUGCUAACAUCGAUAAAGAAAAUGAAUCAAUAGUCGAUUCACUUGAUUACAUAACUAAAAACACUAUAAAUAAUUUAAAAAGUUCAGGUAUUGAACACUUAUUUCCUGUACAAACAGCAGUUAUUACUUACAUGCAUUCACAAACUAAAAUGCUGAACUUUCCACCAAGAGAUAUUUGUGUUGAGGCACCUACAGGUAGCGGUAAAACUCUUAGUUAUGUUUUGCCAGUGAUUGAGAGUCUUACACAAUACAUAGUAAAAGAAUUGUAUUGCCUGGUUGUUUUGCCUUCGAAAGAUUUAGCCAUUCAAGUUAAGCAAGUUUUUUCAUCUUACUUAAAGGGAACAAACAUUAAAGUUGGAUUGAUUUGUGGCGUAAAAACAUUAGAAAAAGAACGAUCAAAACUUGUCUGUAAAGGCCCUCAAGGUUAUAAGAACAUGGUUGAAAUCCUAGUUGCCACACCUGGUCGAUUGGUUGACCAUUUAAAAACUACAUCUGGGUUUUCAUUGAAACAUCUUAGGUUUUUAGUAAUUGAUGAAGCAGACAGGCUACUGAGUCAAGAUUACAGUGGAUGGUUAGAGCUUGUGCUUGAAAGUGCGCAAUCGUUGAGCUAUCGAAAAUUUCCCCAUCCUUUAACAGUGCGAACAUUCCAGAAAAAUAUUAUUCCGCUUCAAAAAUUACUUUUUUCUGCAACACUCACUCAAAAUCCAGAGAAACUAGCACCUUUACGAUUAUACAACCCUAUAUUAUUUAUUUCAAAACGUGAUAAUGAAAAGACUAAAAAAGAUGGAUCUACAGAAAACAAAUCAGAAUUCCGUUUUAUUGUACCUGAACAACUUGUUGAAAAAAUGGUUAUCGUAAAAGAAGAACUAAAGCCUUUAGUGAUAGUUCAUUUAAUGUUGAAAUUAAAAUAUAAGCGUAUACUUUGUUUUACAAAGUCUAUUGAAGCUACUCACAGGCUACACUUACUUCUACAGUCUAUUGGUGGAUUUACUGUUGCGGAAUUUUCUUCAAAUCUGACAGAAACUCAACGCAAAGGUAUUAUUAGAGAUUUUAAAAACGGCUCUAUAGAUGCACUUAUUUCGUCUGACGCUAUGGCACGUGGGAUGGACAUAGACAAUGUUAACAUGGUAGUAAAUUAUGACUCUCCAGCAAAUUCAAAAACAUAUGUUCAUCGGGUUGGGAGAACAGCAAGGGCUGGAAACAGAGGUGAAGCAUUGACUAUAUUGACUAAAAAAGAGGUUUAUCACUUUAAAAAGAUGUCCAAUGAUUUAUCGGGCGUGGUUUUGAAAAUGAAAAUUAAAGAUGAAGAGUUGCUUAUUUAUGAACAUCAAUAUGAAAAGGCUCUUUCAUCAUUGCAAGAAAAAAUUUCAUCUGAAAAGAGAGUGAAUCUUGGACGUUUUUAAAAAAAUUAAUGUCCAUUUAUUAGAUAUGAAACCUGCUUUUUUUGAAAAAAAAAGAAUCAUUUUUUUUUUUAA